CAAGCGCACAGCACCAGUUCGAGUUAUCAGGACAAAGACUAAGAAACAACCACAAUUCCAUGGCUUAAAAAGGGAGGUGGUGAGAUGCGUGUGAGAGGCGUUGGAAGAAGUCUUGGUCUACUGACCGGACGUGUUCAUGGAUUCACAGGGAGGAGACGCCGAUGACUGAAGCUCGAUGGUUGAUACAGCCAGACCAAAGACUGAAUAACGGGUAUAAAGGCCAUCCAAAGUUGCCUGAGAAAAGUCAUGUCCAGCAGUUCCAUUACCAUCAACCUCAUCAGUUCCAACUCCAACACCAGCCAAACUUCCACCAGCCAAGAUGCAGUUCAGACUCUCCAUCGCCGUCCUUCUCACCUUUGCUCAGCGCCAUUGCCUCUCCCGUCCCGUCCGACGACCUCGCUACCAGAAACCCCGGAGCUGAGGCCGUCGACACUCUGCUCGAAAGGGGUAUCUGCACUUGCCUUUGCGAUCCCUGCAGUGGCCGAUGCAGGCUCUGCGAGUCGGGCGUCUAGAUAGAGAGAAGAUGUCCUUCCACUUUGUAGAUUGCAGAUGGGAUAUGAAGGCCGUCGUUGAGUUAACCCAAAAGGUCAGGGUCAGAAUUGGAAUCG